AUGCGGACCCGAAACUCGCAAACCAAAUCGCAGGCUCCAGGGUCCCACUUUGAACCCCAGGAGAGUUCGAGUCCAGAGCACCGAAAGGAUGCAACGACACCGGCCGUCCUGCGUGUGGCCGAUGAUUUCUCGCGGUUGCGUGCUAAGGAAGAGACAGACGCAAGCAGCUCGGAGACCCAGGAUCGGCAGAUUGGGGUUAUUGUCAAGCAUGAGCCCAGCAUGGAAGACGCUGCAUCGGCAGAGGGCUCCCAGGCCUCAAGCUCUGAGGAUGCUGGAGCCGAGGACUUGUCUGCGCCCUCCGAGUAUUACCAUGACACCAUCGACCGCAUCAUGAAAAGCUUCUGCAUGACUCUAGAGGCUAAGAUCGACCUGUUGAAGGACGGCAAAGUGCGCUCAGUCGCUAAAGGUGGAAAAGAGACCGGAUCUCAUCCUUUACUGGCUGGUGCAACGAAAAGCUCAACCGAGAAACCUGCCACGAAAGUGUUCUUCCGCAAGCGCUCCAAGAAGACCAGAUCACUCCAGGGCUGGGCUCAGCCUCGGGAUAGGCCAGCCCCAGCAGCUCCGGCUGCUCCUUCGGGUCCUCCCCGCAGCUCCCAGCAGCAGCCGCAGCCGCAGCAGGCACUCUAUUCCGCCGCCGCCCCAGCGUUGGCCUCAGUGUUCCCCCCGACCCCGGCACUCCUCGCAUCUAAGCCGUCUCGGUACACCCCGUCUCCGGAAGCCCGUCGCGGAGGUUCACCUCUUCCACCACCACCUCCGGCCUUCUUUUCGGCACCACCCGCUCUUCCUCUCGCCGAGUCCCUCAGGGCUCCCGCACCGUCAGGAGCCCGUCCUCCUACGUCGGUUGUUGCAUUGAGGGGGACGGCUCAGCCUUCAGAACCACAGCCUGAAGCGGCUUUGGUUGCUCCGCGACCCGGGAGCGCCUUCGGAACGGCAAGAAGUAGAUUGAGAUUUAAUGAUGGCGGCAUGCGACAUCGCAGCAUAUAUAGAGGGGCUACCGCGGCGUCUUCCCAGUCGAUUGUCGGGCAUGAAGAAGAGGAUGAUGAUGAGGACGAAGAGGAAGAAGACGAUGCAGAUGGGGACGACAAUGUGGAAUUUGAUCUUCCCUUAGCGUCAGGAUCUGACCUCUUGAACGUUGAUCCCGACAUGUCCGAGGGGCUUGUUGUGACGAGUGACGCAUUAGAUGACCUCGCGUCAGUGUUCAGUAUCCCGGAACCCAGUCCACCGGUUCAGGUUCAAAGGACCGCACCAGAGCUGCUACUGCGGCAGGCUUCCGAGACGGAGGAGUACAAGCCCGCACGAAAGCCUAAAAGGGGUCCUGAGGCGGAAACCCAGCAUCCGAUUCCCUUACCGGUGGCUCAGCUUCACGAAGCAGACGGAGAUGGUAGACGCAAAAAGCACAAGGCUGUCCCGCCUUCUAACACGGUUGGUGGAGGGGACUCGGGGAAGUUUGCCUGUCCUUAUUUCAAGAGAAACCCGAAGAAGUACCGCGAGUGGACGUCCUGUCCUGGUCCGGGAUGGGACGAGGUGCACCGGGUCAAAACGCAUCUUUAUCGACGGCACCCUCUGCCCAUCCAAUGUCCCCGCUGUUGGGAUGUGUUCAAGGUCGACACCCAGCUUCAAACCCACCUUCAGCAGGACCCGCCCUGCUCAGUGCAGCGGAACCAGAUGCUGCAAGAGGGAUUCACAAAGGAGCAGGAGAAGAGGCUGCGCAGUCGCAAGAAGACGCAUGCGGAUAUGACGGGUGAGGACAAGUGGCGUGAGAUUUACACAAUCCUGUUUCCAGACGACAAUCCGAGCGUUAUUCCUUCGCCGUAUUACAUCGAAUCCGAGGACGGGUCUGAGUAUCCUGGAUCUUCGAGCACAGAGCUCGAGGACUACGCCACAUUCAUCCGUCGGGAGAUGCCAACGUUGGUGCGGAGAGAAUUGGAAACACUGUUCCAAAACGAGUUCCAGGACGUCGAGGAGCGGCUCCGGCCGCGGAUUGCCGAUAUCGUGCUGAAUCUCCAGCCCAAGCUGCUCGGCCUUUACAAGCAAUCACAGAUGCCGUUGAGUGAGUAUGGCCCGGAACAACAACAUACUGGGACCAGUGGAAGCGAAAUAUCAUCCACGCCACAGCUCUCACAAGGUUCUGGGCCAAAGGCGUCUGGGCGGGACUCGACCCCUGAGACGGUCUUUGGGCCUGACGACCCUGGGAACAACUUUGAUGCCUGGAAUCUUUAUCCAGAGAAUCAGCCGCAACCGCAGUUCGAUAUGAACAGCACUGGCCCGGGGCUGGACUGGGAUUUUGAUGCCGAAUCUCUACCAAAUCUCCCACAAUAA